GAAAUUACUUUCCUAGAGGUAGAGUUCUCUCACUUCUUGUUGUCUCUUCUCUGUUCUUUACUAUGAGUUGUUUUUAAGUCGGAUGUUUGUUGGGACUCAACCCCACACUGCCCAAGUCUGCAGUCCUCAGUGAGGAGUAGUUAGCUUAGCAUGUUUGCUCCCUUAGCUCUAAAUUCUUUACAGCCAUAUGGCAUUUCAUGCUCUGCUUGUUGUGAGCUGAAUGCUGAACUAUAGGUAUUCUGUGUUCACAUAUUUUGGAUGCUCUGCUGUAUUUUUGGGUAGUUUUCCCUAACACACAAGAAAAUCCUAACAGUUUGUAACUCAGGGACUGCCUGUAAUGGGGUUAAAUGCCAGCAUGUACCAAAUGGAGAAGCACCUAUAUGCAAAAAUCCAGAUCAGGAAAAGGGAGAUGGAAGCCCCAAACGAUAAGGAAUAGAUUACCUUACAAUUUGAAAAGAAGACAGUUGGCCCCUUGCAAAUAUUUAAAAUAGAGAGCAAAGUUUAUGGGCUAAAAGGCUGUUGAGAUUUGGAAGUUCAGAAUUGCCCACCUCUUACCCAAAAGACAGGGUCAUAGCCAAACAGUAUUAUGUUAUUUCCCAGGGUGUAUCUAAUCUGUAGAAUUAAUGCAGUUUGAGAACACUUUGACUGCUAUGAGUCAAUGCUAUGGAAUCCCGGGAGUUGUAAUUUUUCAAUGCCUUUAGUCUACUCUGUCAAAGAAUGCUGUUGCCUCACCAAACUACAAAAGGCAUGAUUCCAUAGCACUGAGUCAUGGCAGUUGAAGUGGUCUCAAAUGGCAUUAAUUCUGCAAUAUAAAAUACCCCCAGUUUACAAUUAGCUAGUAGCACAAACAAUUUACAGUACAUAUAUUUGCUAACUGAAGUGCCUAGCAGCAGGUGGCACUGUCAGAUAGUGAAUGUUUUAGAAGCUGCCAUCUAAAGAAAAUAGGGUAAAGAUGAGAAACUAUAUUCAAAGCAGUAACAUACUUUUCAAAACUCCAAAAGUUAUUUGUUCUCUUUUAUUUUUCGGUAGAGAAGAACAGCCAGUUGAAGAAACAAAUCAGAGUUAAACAAUGAAUUCUCACAAUCCUCUAAUCACCACAUACUUACAGGAUCCCUCUAGCUACCAGUGCUGACAUGGAGAACCUACUGCCUGUGCCAACAGAAGACGGGGAGCCUGUUGUCCCUUGUGCGGGGCAUUAUCAUAAAGACUGCUGUGAGCGGGUUGUGAUCAAUGUUUCAGGCCUGCGCUUUGAGACUCAAGUGAAAACCUUGCGCCGGUUCCCCAACACACUCCUGGGAGACCCACAGCGACGCCUCCACUACUAUGACCCCCUGCGCAACGAGUACUUCUUUGACCGCAACCGACCCUGCUUCGACUCCAUCUUGUAUUAUUACCAGUCUGGAGGGCGGCUUCGACGGCCAGCAAAUAUCCCCAUUGAUGUUUUCCUAGAGGAACUCAAGUUCUAUCAGCUGGGAGAUGAAACUCUCACCAAAUUUCGCGAUGAUGAGGGUUUCAUUAAGGAAGAAGAGCGGCCCAUGCCAGAAAGACCGUUCCUCAAGGAAGUGUGGCUGCUUUUUGAACAUCCUGACACUUCUCAAGCUGCCCGUAUCAUUGCAGUCAUCUCUGUGAUGGUCAUUCUUAUCUCUAUUGUAAUCUUCUGCCUGGAGACCCUGCCUGAAUUCCGGGAUGAGAGAGACAUAUCAUUACCACCUGUUCAUCACCGUUUAAACAACAGUGGCCCUUAUACUGUACCAACAAAGUCUCCUGGAGAUCCCUUCUUCAUUGUAGAGACCAUAUGCAUCUGCUGGUUCUCCUUUGAGUUACUUGUGCGGUUCAUUGCCUGUCCAAGCAAGCCAGCCUUUUUCAAGAACAUCAUGAACAUGAUUGAUUUUGUGGCGAUAAUCCCUUAUUUUGUAGCCCUCGGCACUGAGUUUGCACAGCAGCGUGGUGUAAGCCAGCCUGCUAUGUCUUUGGCAAUCCUCAGGGUCAUCCGUCUGGUGAGAGUCUUCAGAAUCUUCAAGCUUUCCAGGCACUCCAAGGGCUUGCAGAUCUUGGGUCAGACACUCAAAGCUAGCAUGAGAGAACUUGGCUUGCUCAUCUUCUUUCUCUUCAUUGGAGUCAUCCUCUUUUCAAGUGCCGUCUACUUUGCUGAAGCUGACCACGAUGACACAAACUUCACCAGCAUCCCUGCAGCCUUCUGGUGGGCUGUGGUCAGUAUGACGACCGUGGGUUAUGGUGACAUGUACCCAGAGACCAUGGGUGGCAAAAUUGUGGGUUCUUUGUGUGCUAUUGCUGGAGUACUCACUAUCUCCCUACCAGUGCCUGUCAUUGUUUCCAACUUCAGCUACUUCUAUCACCGUGAGACAGAAUGUGAAGAACAUAGCCAAUUUACCCAUAUCACUACGUGUCCAUACACCCCACCACCAUCUCCUUCCAUAGCUGCCAUCCGGGAAAAGGCUCAUCUCAAGGAGAAACACCAGAAUAAAGACACAACAAUUUCUGAGCCAAAUUCAGAAUUGCUUGAUGGGAUGGUGCCCAUGGGCAACUCGGAUGUGCCCAAUAAACGUCUUGUGACCCAAGUGUGACCACCACAUCCUUCCAUCCAGCCAGUCAUCCCUCUACACCCUGACCUGACCUUUCCUUCAGUGUCUUCAAUUGGAAGGCUCUGCUGCUACAUAAUAAGACAGCAAAAAAAGAAGAAGAAGAAGAAGAAGAGAGAGGCUGCUCUCUAGUUGAGCUUAACCCAAAGACAAUAACAAGUUCAGAAAGAAAAUUCACACUUGGUUUGGAUAGGGGGCUGGAGAGAGACUGUUGCAUCUAAAUCUGGGAUGCGAGUAAGUCACAAUAGACUGUCACUGAAGCACACUCACAGCAAGGGGGAGGGAAAAUAGAAUCCUGUGGCCUACAUUGCAGGAGACAAUUCAACAGACACACACCGACACAUCCUAUUGUUCUGUUCCUUCUUUGGUUGACUUAAGGUGUAGCCAACCCAGGAAAAGAACCUCAUUGUGCAUCUUUUAUUCACUGUUUGGGCCAGUUUCUCUUCUUCCUUCUAUGACUCCAAAGAGCCUUCAGCAUGAAGAUGCCUUCAUGAAGUCACAGCAAUGUGCUCUAAGAUUACAUCUCCUGGAACGCGCAGUGGAACAUACCCAGAGCAAUCAUGCCUCAAAUAGAAAAGGGGGGGGGGGGGUUAAAAGGGAAUGUAAUCAGCCAACUGCUUUAGACUUAGGGUAUCACAGGGAACACCCUAAUCACACUUAGGGGAAACUGUAAAUAAAUAUAUCUCCAAAAUGAGGUGAGCUGCUGCAAAAGCACAAUCCACCUCUUUGUCUCCCAUCAUGUAGGACCUGCUUGCUCCAAGUCAUGAAUGAGUAACAGGUCUCCAUUUUGCCAAAAUUUCAUAGGGUAUGUAUAAAUUUGGCAGGCUGCAAAGAAGCUGUAAUGUUUAUGCCACACAUAUUUUAUAGUUUUGUUUUGUGACAGAUAAUUCCUUCAUAAGCAAGAAAUGCCAAGAAUGUCACCAUCUUCCUCCUCCAAAGAGGUCAAUUGAGUGCAACCCCUUCUUCCCCCACCACUCCCCAAUCUCAUAUCAAAGUUGAAAACCCUGACCACCGUUAAGAGGAAGAGGGAACCUGGAUCAUGUUACAAAACGGAGGAUAUAAUUUAGGGCUUGCCCUACCAUUAAGCAGGGCGAGGCAGCCUGGAUCAGGUAACCAAUGUGUAGAUAGUAUUUAUGACUGGCUCUGCCAUAGAUGGAGUGAGGCAGAUGCUUUGGACUACUGAUUUGGGGUGUCAUGAUAGAGCAAGCAAAAUGUUAUUUAAUUUAUUUUGUAUAUUUACUGCCAGGAUUGUUUGAUUUUCUGCUUCAAGUGUCAAAAUAAGUUGUCAGGCUUCUGGUACCAUGCACUUUAAGAAUGGGGCACCAUUUGCUGCUCUGCCUCAGGCAUCAAUUUGUUUUGGGCUUUUCCUGGUGCCCGGCAGCGGGUGAUUGACUAUUUACCUUGUUUUUAUUUAUCAUGUUUACCACCAAGCUGAAGAAGAGGGCUAAAGUCUCUUUCUGAUGUUACCACCUGUAACACUAAAACGUCUUGAGCUAUUUUUGCACAACCCAUCAGGAUCUCCCUGUAACACAACCCAAGUUGACAUGGUUCUCCUCAGCCCAAUACAACUCACUUUCAUCAUAACCACCUUCUAUUUUUAUUUUGAAACUCAGUCAAACAGACUACAACACCCUGCCUAAGCAAGUAUAGAAGUACUUCAUUACAAGCUCAUGUUUUCCUUGUGCCAAUCCAGAGCUUGGAAACAACCAUCAUUACCCAAAAUAUAAGAUCUCUGCUGUAAAAAAGAUAUGUUGCCUUUGAAAUCAUUUCCUGGGACAGACCAGGAGAAGAAAGUUAGGUAAUUUGUUUUAGAAGUCUUAAUUCUGCAAAUGUCCAUCCAGAAAGAAGAUGGGAAACCAAGGAAGAGAAAGACCUUUCUGGUCCCUGCUCUCCCAGCCAUUUGUCUUAAUAUAUAUUUUUCUUUUAUUGUCUUAUAUGCUGGGUAGAGAAAGGAAGACGUUUACAUCCAAUCAGCAUUUUUCCUAGCAAGUUUUUAAGCACUUUAUGAUACAGAGAAUGUGAGGGGGAAUGGUAUGUUGAGGAAGAAUAAAUCCAUAACUGCAAGUAGGAACACAGAGUGAGCAACGUGUGUGAACGAGGCCCUGGAUGUCUGUACUGAAAUGAAGAGAACCUGAGAAAAGUGGUAUAUUGAAACUAACUGCUAUUGUAGUUACUGUAAUAUUUAUGCUGCUGUUCCGUCCCAUUUUUUCAGGGGAAAUUUGAAUUAUAAGAUAAUUGUGUAGGUUUUUACAAAACUAUUAAUUACACUCGAAAACAUGGAGUGGUAUGUGCUGCUUUUAACUGGGUUUGCAGGAUACUGGGACGAAGCAUAGGAAGGCUAAAUGCAAAUGAUGACAGCUUUUCUAGAUCGUUAAUAAUUGUGUAAAAGGGACUUUCAGGAGAUUCACAGAUUAAUCUAUUCUUCACUAUAGACAUGGGAAAUUGAUGGCUCUCCACGUGUAGGUAGAUUACAGGUUCCAUCAUUCUUCACCAUUAGACUGGUUAGGACUGAUUAUAGACAUAGCAAAAGGUUUUCACAUGUUGCAAAAAGUGAUAGUUACGGUCUUUCAUUAACCAUGAAAGGAGUUAUAUAACUUCAUAAGGUUUUAGAAUAGCAGCAUAAAUUAUAAGGCUCAUUCAUUGGUGGCACUGUAAAUGGAUGCCUGCUGCAAAUCAAUGGUGGGCAACUGCCAGGAGGCCUUACUGGAACUCUCCAGUUAUACCAUGCAUGUACUACUGAAUAUAUUCCUGAUAUACUACUGAAUAGUACUGAAAUAUACUACUGAAUAAUCAUAUGCUGUGUGUAUGUUUAAAAAUGGUAAGGAUAAGUAAUAAAAACUUAUUUAGUUAAAAGCGACCUAUGACUACAGUGCAACCGCUAUACUAUAGGGUACACUACCUACUAAUAUUUUCAGAUAGAAAAUUCUAUACCUUCUGUUCUCCAUGCAUGUAAUAUGCUCUACCACAUCUUGGAAAGUCAAAGAGCAGAGGCUACUACUUGCCCCAUUUACCUGCCUAUCUGAUGUCAUCAUACAUCUCAGUGACAGUGUCUGCAAUGUUCUCCAUGAUGUUCCUGCCCCAUAUUGGGGAUAUGGAAGUGCUUUUUACCACCACCUAAAACUGUCCUCCAAGCAAAUGAAUCUCAGGUUUUGAUAUUAUUUCUUGUCUUCCAACACCACAACUGAACAUCAAAAAAAAAACACUUGUCACCUUAGUUGGAGCUCAACUUUUCAAGAUGUUUCCCAAGGAGAUUAUCUUCAAACUUCACAGGCAAAGGACUUUUGUAAGCAAAAGCAACCUCUCAGGGUCCCUUGAUCUAUUGAACACUUGAAUAACAGGGUCUCUUUUCGUUUCUUCCUCUUGUUUUUUUUUUUUUUUUAGAGAUUUCAAGAUACUGUUGGCUUGCUUUCUGAGUAUGUUUUGCAGAGGAAAAACUGUUGUGAGUAUAGCUACCAUGUCCUCACCCAUCAUCUGAAGUAUCUACUAGUUGCUUAUUAGAAGAUGAAUGAGUUAACUUGUGCAUUUUCACAUACUAGCCACUUCAUUGCUUCCUCUCUGUGGAACUCCAAAUCAAAUUAGGAAUGGACAUACCAUCUGCUUUCUUAUAUUUGCCCUUCCAGAACAAAGCCAAACCAUCUUUUGCCACUUAGAACUGAUGGCACGGACAUGUUUUUUUUUAUUGUAUGGUUUAUACGAGACUGCCUCUGAAUUUCAUCACUCAAAACUGGAGUCCUUGGCCUUAGCCUUAACAGAAUAGCACAUAAACAUUUUGUGAUAUUGGAUCAGUUUUACAAUGUCUAAUGAGAUACUGGUAACUUUGGUAAAUCCAGUGACUAUGGACUGCCAGAUUCUGGAUUAUCAACUAUGUGUAAGAUGGGUUGCUUAUAGAACACAGUCUGUGCUUCUCUUCAAAAUAGGUGACCUUAUUUUCUUUCACAUUAUAUAAGAUCUUAUGGGCUUCCAUCUUAUAUAUUAUUAUGAAGAGAAAGUUCUCUUAUCAUGCUGGUUUUAUCUGUAAUAAAGUACAAGAGACUUGUUA